AUGGCAGAAAUUAAACUUAGUGGAGUUGAUGGCUAAGAUGGUGAAGACGGAUAUGCAGGUUCUCACUAUGGAGAGAAUGGAACUAAUGCUGGUCCAGCUUAGGAUGGUGGAGAUGGUGGCCAAGCUUACUUGAGAAUUUAAAGAGUUCUUGAAAGUCAAUCAGCAAUUCUGGUUUCAGGAACAAUUCACAGUCAGCCUUUCAAUCAAGUUUUUGAGCUUGGACCAAACGGCUUUCUUAACAUAGAUGCCAGAGGAGGAAAAGGAGGCCGCGGAGGCUAUGGAGGAAAUGGUCAUGAUGGAAGGCCCGGGCAUGAUGGAAUGGAUGCCACGAGGUUUACAAAUGGAACUAAUGGAGGCUCUGGAGGAAACGGAGGAAAUGGUGGUAAUGGGUCAAGUGGUGGACAUGGAGGCAAAGGAGGAUUUGUGUAAAUAAUUGUUGCAGAAUCAGACAUGGAUCUUUUACUGCUCCUUGGUCCAAUCAAAAUAAAGGGUGGACCUGGUGGUGAAUUAGGCAGAAAUGGACACGGUGGAUGUGGUGGAAGAGGAGGACGUGGUGGCUCAUCGUAUACUUAUUCAACAACUACUACCUCAACAUACAGAGAUUCUAAUGGUAAUACCUAAACCUAAUAUCACACCCAUUGGCACACCAAUCCAGGUGGUAUUGAUGGACCUCCAGGAAACUCAGGUCAUAAUGGAAAUGCCUAGCUUUAUUGUGGAAGAGAUGGUAAUGACGGUCAAUUUGAGUUUAUUGUUGAGCAUGGUGCAGGACCAGUAAAGUAUGAAGACAAAUACGACCUUAAAAUAGUGGAUUUUGGAAUGAUUUUCUACGAAGAAGAUGGAAUUAUCGAGCCAGGUGAAAAAGCUUAUAUAUCAACGCUAACUAUUCAUAAUCUUGGACUUAUGCCUACACCUAUUCACACAGAUUUCUUCAUUUCCUUAGUUGAUAAUAACUGGCUUUCUGGUAUUGGGUCUCUUUAAAUACCUAGAGCUAUUGCACCAAUGGAUUUAAUAACAAUUCCAUUUAAGCACGAAUUUCUUAUCAACUAUCCAUUGAUGCCUUAAACAAGCCCCAAACCAAGAGAAGAGAUUACUACAGCUCAAGUAUAAAUUUUCAAACCUUCUAUAAAUAGAUUCUUACCUCCUAGCAUUGUUGUUCAACCAAAGCCACUCUUGAUUUCUUACCCACUUUCUUUAUCUCAAUAUUAAUGUUUGAGAACAUUUUCACCAGGAUAAGAAGCAAAAAUUUUGAUCACCUUAAAGAAUAACUCAACCUUGGAAAUAGGUGGUGAGAUAAGACCAGCAUAGCUCUGGUUAUAAUCAGGUGAUGGUGAAUUUGAUACAACAGACAUUCUAGUAUCUUAUAAGGGGGAGAAAAAACCGCUUAAAGAUCCAUACGUAAUUAAAAUCCCAAUGAUAGAUCCAAUGUCUACCAUUGUAAUUCAAUGCUAAAUCACUAUUCCAUAAGUUGGAUAUUUGCUAAAAGCAACUUACAAUGUUUCAUCUUAUUUAACUGAUCCUAGAAACUAAGCUGCUACUUUCCCUUGCAUCCAUACUUUUCCUUACUAAAUUAGAACUGGUUUUCAUUAUGUACCUUUCCCAGAAUAAGAUUUUGUUUUUGUAAUAAAUGAGAACACUAAGAUCGAAGAAGUUAACUAUAUUCAAGAAAUGUGCCUGUACUAUGGAUUGAAAGCCAAUUUCUACGAUAUUAAUAUGAAUGGUAACCUAAAUCUAUUUGAGCCUCUUCCACAUUUGACUACUACACUAGCUUAAGACCUUGAUAACAAGACUCUAGUAAUUAUUAACAACCAAUUUACUGUAAGUUCAACUAGUCAAGAUAUUGUUUAUGCAAGAACUUUGGAUUUCUUGAGAAAAAGUGAAGUUCUUAGAGCGAUUGCAGAGCAUCAUGUUCAUUUUGUGAUAUUUUCACCAUAUUAGCAUAACUAUAAUGCUUGGACCUUUAAAUAUGACCCUGAGUGUCAUGUAUUCAAUGAUGAAAAUGAAUUCUUAGCAUAGGAAUAUGGAUUUUCAGAAAGACCAUUCAGUGAUAAAGUUGGUUCCUCAUGUGCUAUCCAUGCUAAAAAGGCAUUCAUUAGCUUCAAAUCAAAAAUAGAUCAAUUAAAUAUUUAGGCUGAUGAGAUGAGGUAAACAGUAUCUAAGAGAUUCCCCAAUCACUCCUAUCUCGCUUGUACUUUAUUCAGAGAAGGUUAACCUCUAAAACGAAUAGGCUAGGUAGUUAUAAUGAGGACUCCGCCUAUGCUUGGCUAGUAUGUGACAUUUAUGGACUUCAAUGAUAUUAGAUCGAAGCCUAUGGAUUUUGCAUUUGCUCUAUUGAAUACUGUUGAUAUCGAUAAGAAAGCCAAGAUUGCAGUUAGAGUUCUUUAAAAUAUUGAGAAAAAGAAUCCUUUUGAGUUAGCAAUGCAAGAAAGUUUAGCUUUUACUCUCUCAAGAGAAAUAUAUAUUGGCUGCAAUAGCAAACACUCUAGAAAAUUCAACUUUGAUGAUUUCUCCUGCUUUUUAUCUGUGCUUAAAAAUCAGAAGAAAGAUGCUGAUUAUUUCAAUCCUAAAGCAAUGGAAGAACUAUUCCUAAGACUUAAGAAAUGCACCAGCAAAGAGGCUAGAUUUGCUGAUAAACUGAUAUUCUGGGUUGCUCACGCCAAACUUUUAAGGCAGAUGAAUAAAAAGCUUGGCUAGCUGAUGUAACUAAUGCAUAAUGACAAAUAGAAUAAACUUGAAUAGGAAGCAACUAUUAAGACAAUCUCAGCUGACUAUCUAAUUAAGAAGAAAAAGUACAAAGGUUUGAACUUCCCUAAAUACUUGCUGCUCAGUAACUUAGAUUUAGACGGCACUACUUACAGAUCCUGGCUGAAUACUAAAACAGUCAUAAGUGAGAAAGAACUUAAAGAAUUCUAAGCAAAUGAAAAGAAGCAUAAUGAAUAAUGCAAUAUUUUAGUCGAUUAUAAAAAGCAACUUGAUGAUUAGCUCAAGGUUUGA